AUGGUUACGUGCGAUGAGUGCUGGGAUGAUACAGCGGCUACAGUAGUUUGCGAGAUUUGCGACGUAAAAUUCUGUGAGUACCAUGGCACUGGCCACCUGCGAUCAAAAUCAGGCAAAGGCCAUACUAUCAACCCACUGUCUGCGGCAUCCAUCGCGGAGACUGAGUCAACAAGCAGUGGCAGCAGCAGUGGCAGAGUGGCCCAGCAUAGAUGUGGUCUGCACAUGAAUGAAGUGCUGAACCAGUUUUGCUUGGAUUGCAAUCAGCUAUUGUGUACGCAGUGCAUACAUACUGGAGCACACAGACAUACUGAGCACAAGGUGAUGGAUAUUGCCAGUGCUGCACAAAACACUCGUGACACACUUUCCACCAAGCUGAGCAGUUGUACAUCAGAAUGUGAUGGUGUUGUCAGCAGUGCCAUAGAGACCGUCGAGAAGAGCAUUCGAAUGGUACACAGUCAAACAGAGUAUGCUUCAGAGAAGGUAUCUAGUUUCUUCAAGCCUCUGAUGGAGGCUGUGAAGAAACGAGAGGACUCUCUUCUAGCCGAUCUGGAUCAGCUGAGGUUGAAGAAACUGGAACCUCUGGAGAAGCAACUACACCAACUUCAGGAGUGUGUGUCGAAAGGAGAGAGUAUUGCCAGCAUUCUGCAGUCGUUUGAGGAUGAUAUUGAGCUUCUCCGCGUGUGGUCUUGGGUGGAUGCAUCUAUCAGCAAGACCAUGAAAACUGCAGAGAAGGAGAAAGAGCCAUGUGCCACCAGUGGCAUUGUGUUUGGCAUGACGGACACCACGUCACUACUCAAUGACAUCAGCAAGACGGGAGCUGUGCUGGAUGUUGCUGAUGGUACAUUGAAGUGCCCAGAUGAAGCUCUUGUCAAUGAGCAUCCAGACAUCUCUAUACAGCUACCAGACAGUGCCGUCUCAAGUAUCUCGGAACAAGAACAACUGAACAACAUUGGACUGGAGAUAUCCAUAUCUGGUGUGGAUGAGAACACAACUAACGUGUGCACGCAGCUUACACCUGCUACCGGACAAAUACAGACCCUACAUACUGCGUUGCAAACUGGCCACUACAACAUUUCAGCCAAGAUUGGCUGUGUCCAUCUGAAAGGUAGUCCACAGAAGCUGGUGGUGUCGGCGGCUCCAACGUUUGAUGGAAAUCGCAGUGCUAGUUCUCUGAGUAUCAGCCAUGAUGGUCACUCGCUGAGUAAGACCAGUGCCGGUGGUAGUUGGUUAUCAUCAUGUACCACACCCAUGGUCACUUGCACUGGGAGCAGUACACUAAAGGUGAUGAUUGACCAGACGCAGGAUGGUAGCAUAUUGCUAUCGGCCUGUUCAUCCACUAGUCCAAAUCUGUACAAUUACCAGCAAGACAAGGCACAGUGUUUUGGUUGGUAUGGCCAUUUGCCUAGUGCCCAUCACACCGGAACAGCCCUUGCUCAACGGUGGCAAACUGGUGACGUCAUUCAUCUCACAGUUGACCAUGAUCGUCACACUCUCACAGGUAGACACGAGAGAACGGGCGUCAAAGAAAUCAUCCGGAACGUCACAGGUAACCUGUACGGGAUUGUGACAUUGUACCAUGAGGGAGACAAAAUUACUCUGAUUUGA